AUGGCAUCUAGCAGCAAUGCUAACAGCAGCGAAUCCAUUGAUACCUCCACAAAUGAAGCUAGCCAGCAAGCAUGGCAAGCAUUUAAGACAGUAAAUAAUAUUCAAAUUGAUGAAAUCUAUCAUUAUGAUGCAACCGAGCAACGUGAAAUUCAAAUAAGGAAACCAUGGAAGCAAUCAGAAGAUUACUUUAAGAAGGUCAAAAUCUCCGCUUUAGCCUUGCUGAAAAUGCUAACACAUGCUAAAAGUGGCGGUAAUAUCGAGAUUAUGGGACUGAUGUUGGGAAAAGUACGAAACGAAGAUAUGAUUAUCAUGGAUUCUUUUGCCCUGCCUGUUGAGGGGACCGAGACGCGUGUAAAUGCUCAAGAAUCUGCUUACGAGUAUAUGACUGCGUAUGUAGAAGCAGCUAAACAGGUUGGCAGGCUAGAAAACGUCAUUGGUUGGUAUCAUAGCCAUCCAGGCUAUGGCUGUUGGUUAUCAGGUAUUGAUGUUAGUACGCAAAUGCUAAAUCAGACAUACCAGGAUCCUUUCGUAGCUAUUGUCAUUGAUCCUAUUCGUACUAUGUCGUCUGGAAAAGUCAGUCUGGGAGCUUUUAGAACGUACAGCAAGGAUUACGUUCCGAAAGAUGAAGGGCGUUCAGAAUACCAAACAAUUCCUUUAAAUAAAAUUGAAGAUUUCGGUGUUCAUUGCAAAAGGUACUAUUCUUUAGAUGUGACAUACUUUAAAUCAUCACUGGAUGGUAAAUUAUUAGAGUUAUUGUGGAAUAAGUAUUGGGUCAGCACUCUUUCAUCCUCUAGCCUUCUAAAUAAUGCCGAGUAUACGACUCAGCAAAUUGUAGAUUUAUCCGAAAAAUUAGAUCAAGCUCAACAACUGUUACAGGUAAAAUAUUGGUUUUCUUUAUGCACUAUAUAUCGGCUUUAUAACGAUCAGCUUUGUAGCAUUAAACUCUCAAAAAUCGCUUUGGAAGCUGUCCAUGGAUUAAUGUCUCAAGUGAUUAAGAACCAAUUAUUCAAUUAA